AUGUCUGGUGACCUGGACUUUCCGCCACCGCCGCCCGCCAUGUCUGGUGACAUGGACCUUCCACCACCACCGCCCGCCAAGUCUGGUGACCUGGACUUUCCGCCACCGCCGCCCGCCCUGUCUGAUGACCUGGACUUCCCGCCACCGCCGCUCGCCCUGUCUGGUGACAUGGACCUUCCAUCACCGCCGCCCGCCAUGUCUGGUGACCUAGUUUUCCCUCCACCGCCGCCCGCCAAGUCUGGUGACAUGGACCUCCCGCCACCGCCUUCCGCCAUGUCUGGUGACAUGGGCCUCCCGCCAACGCCGCCCGCCAUGUCUGGUGACAUGGGCCUCCCAUCGUCGUCCCCACCGCCGCCGUACCCCCUUACCCCCGAAAAUUGGG